AUGAAUAUACCAGUACCAACAAUACAAAUACCAAAGUUUGACGGUACACCAGAAAAAUGGGCAUCAUUUUACAGUGUAUUUAAAACAACAAUUGACAACAACAAUUCAAUGCCAAAGGCUUUGAAACUUUAUCAUUUAUUAAGUGUUGUUACUGACAAAGCCUGGUCACUUAUCGGCCAUUUAGAAAUUGACGAUGCUAAUUACAAUAGUGCAUUAUCUAUAUUAAGUGAUAAAUACGAAAAUACUCGUCGCUUAGCUCGUCGACAUUGGACAAUAUUACGAGACUAUCCUCAUUUAAAAAAGGAUACACCAGUGGGACUUGGUGAACUAGUUGAUACAUUUAGACAACAUACUAAAGCAUUACAAAAUCUCAAGGUUCCUAUACAUGCAUGGGACAUUCCAUUGACUGAUUUAAUUUUAUCAAAAAUUAAUCAAAAUACAAUUUGGCAAUGGGAAGUAACAAUUAAUUCUCGCGAAAUACCAAAAUACACAGACUUAUUAGAUUUUUUAGAACAACGUGCUAAUUGUGCAGAUUAUAGUGUGCAUGAAGAAAAAACAAGUGAAGUGAAAAAGAGUGAAAAAACCCAAGUCAAAAAGGGUGGAGUAUCAUUGGCAACAACUACAUCUCGUACUUGUCCAAUAUGCUCUGAAAAUCAUAUAAUUUAUAAGUGUGAUAUUUUUAAAUCACAAAAUCAAGAAGAGAAAUACAACUCUGUUAGAAAGGCCUCAUUAUGUAUAAAUUGCCUCAUGAAAGGUCACGGGGUCAAAGAAUGCAAGUCUACAGGGUGUCAUACCUGUCAAAAGAAACAUCACACAUUUUUGCAUCGGCCAACAGCCACUGAGUCCGAAGCCAACACAACAUCUGUUCCAGCAGCAAAUGUAAACAAACAAAUUUGA